AUGACAGUAGCAAAGUAUUCUAUUUGUUGCAAACACUACAACAAGUACGUCUACGUCCAUAACACUGAUAUCUACAACGUAUACAAUAAGAUGUUUUCAACGUCGGUUGUUGAGCAGAAGAAGAACGAAGCAAAACACGAUUUCUACAGCUCAUUUCAGAGAUUCACUCACGUUAGCAGGAUCCAGAAACCCACUCAGAGUGUCAAGACUACACAACAAACCAUAGAUUCAAAAGCUCAAACUCAAGAGAACCUCAAUACUCUUCAAUUUUUCUGCAGAACUGCAGAGGAAACUACAUCUGAACUUAUUGCCCGUGUUGUCUAUUUCUUCUCAGACAUACUCUAUCAGUUAUCAGUCAACUCUGUGACUGCGAAUUCCCUUUUCAAGUUUAUCAUAGAGUACAUCGUUCCUUUCUUUUCUUUGGCAAAGAGAGCAGUCUUGAACACCUGCGAACUGGUUGAAGAGAACUUGUGGUUGAGAGCACUAAUUGCAAUCUUUGUAUACUUGCCACUAAUCUUGAUACUCUUACCUUUGGUUUUCUUUGCAUCUGCCUUCUUCUCUCUUUUCAUGUUUGCCCUUUCUCCGUUGGUGCUCACAUUCUUGGUGUUGGCAUCUUUAGUUAUGUUCUUUGCAAUAGUUUUUGUAGUCUUUCCAAUUAUCUUGGUGAUGAGUAUCUUGGUGACCAGUGGUUACCUAGUUUUCUCAUUAACUGGUGGAAAUCGUCAAAUACAAGAGACUUUCGAAUAUCGCCAGAACUGGUUGCGAAAAAAGUUGGAAAUUAUUGAUGAAAAUGAGGAAACCACAAAUGAUGGAUAUCAUGUGGUCAGUGCCUCACAAGAAACGGUACAAAACAUAGGUCAAAGUUUGGAUCAAAUCCCACAGGAAAAACUAGCGGUUGUGUCGGAUAAUGAUGAUCCUGGUACAUUUCUGGUGGUUGUGGCUCUGGCUACUGUUACAGAAUCUACUGAGAGAUCAUAG